CCUUUCCCCUCAUUCAGUGCGACGUUUUAUUUAAGUUGAAAGAUGGCGGCGGUGCACCUCAGGAUCGGGGAUCUAGUGUGGGGCAAGCUGGGCCGUUAUCCUCCAUGGCCAGGAAAGAUAGUAAGUCCCCCCAAGGACCUGAAAAAGCCCCGGGGCAAAAAAUGCCACUUUGUGAAAUUCUUUGGAACUGAAGACCACGCCUGGAUCAAAGUGGAACAACUGAAGCCCUACCACCCCCACAAAGAGGAGAUGAUCAAGAUUAAUAAAGGGAAGCGUUUCCAGCAGGCCGUUGAUGCCGUGGAGGACUACCUGAAGAAAGCCAAAGGAAAGGAACAGAACUCUGAGGGCAAAGGCGACUCUAAAGGAAAAAAAGCCUCCAACAAGCCGCUGAAAAUUCUAGAGGAGGACGACGAGGACCUGAGUGCACUGAAGGACCCCUCUGAAAAGGACUUAACAGACUCUGACCCCGAGCCGUCGGCUCUUGAGAGGCUGGGGGCCGGACCUGGUUCAGGAUUCAAAUGGGAAAGCAGUCCUGUCAAGGAUGACCCACAUUUCCAUCACUUCCUGCUCAGUCAGUCCGAAAAGCCAGCCUCAUCAAUGGAACCGAUUAGUAAGCGUCUGAAAAUCAUCGAGGAGGUCACAGGUUCAACUUCUAUCCAAGCAGCAGACAGCACAGCUAUUAAUGGUAGUAUCACACCCACAGAUAAAAGGAUAGGCUUCCUGGGUCUGGGACUCAUGGGUAGUGGCAUCGUUUCCAACUUGUUGAAAAUGGGCCAUGUUGUCACUGUGUGGAAUCGCACUGCAGAAAAGUGUGACCUGUUCAUCCAGGAGGGGGCCAGGUUAGGCCGGACCCCUGCAGAGGUGGCCUCCAUGUGUGACAUCACUUUCUCAUGUGUGUCUGACCCCAAGGCUGCCCGGGACUUGGUGUUGGGACCCAGUGGAGUUCUUCAGGGAAUCAGGCCAGGCAAAUGCUACAUAGAGAUGUCCACUGUAGAUCCAGAGACCAUCACAGAGCUCUCCCAGGUGAUCACGUCACGGGGCGGCCGCUUCCUGGAGGCUCCGGUGGCAGGAAGCCAGCAGCUCUCCAACGAUGGGAUGCUGGUCAUCCUGGCAGCUGGAGACAGAACGGUUUAUGAGGACUGCAGCAGCUGCUUUCAGGCCAUGGGCAAGACCUCGUUCUUCCUUGGUGAAGCAGGCAACGCGGCGAGGAUGAUGCUCAUCCUCAACAUGGUCCAGGGCAGUUUCAUGGCCACCAUCGCAGAGGGGCUCACCCUGGCUCAGGCCACCGGCCAAUCACAGCAGACCUUCCUGGACAUCUUGUGCCAGGGCCAGAUGGCGAGCACUUUUGUGGACCAGAAGUGUCAGAAUAUCCUGCAAGGCAACUUUAAACCAGACUACUAUUUGAAACACAUUCAGAAGGACCUGAGGCUAGCCAUCUCCAUGGGCGACAUGGCCAACCAUCCAACUCCGAUGGCUGCAGCAGCCAAUGAGGUGUACAAGAGGGCUAAAGCACUGGACCAGUCAGACAACGACAUUUCUGCCGUCUACAGAGCCUACAUUCACUAGAGUGAGAGCUGACCCAUCCUGGACCACGCAGUCUUUAAUCAUUUAUCUUUUCUUUGUCAUCUAAUGAGUUUUUAUUAGAAAUUCUAGUGGUUUUAUUUGGUUUUGCCCCAGUGCCAGCCCACAUAGUUCCACACCAGCCCAAAAGUCUGGGAUUUUUUUUCAUUUUCAAAAAAGGCAUUGCACUGACUCUACCGGGAAGAACUGCUGAAAGAAGGUUCCAGAACGAGGCUCUGCUUUGAAAAAUAGUCAACAAAAUCCAGCGUGUUGCUGUCAUGUUUUGUGCACACGUAAACAUUUUUACCCGCGUGUGUAUUUUAAGUAAAACCCUUGCUUUUUUUAAUUUUAUUUGACUUUGUUAAAUUGGUCACAGAAACCACCAAGAACAUGCCACUGCAUUGCCUUAAUAUUGAAACCCUUCAAGUAUUUCAAUCCUAGAUGUAUUUAUUUCUGAUCCUGUGUAGGUCUCCGUGGCGCAGCGUGGUCAGGGCCACUUUCUGUUUGUUUCAUACGGCAGUGGAUGUGAUGUGUAAGGACAGAGCAACAGACAUGAGGCCUUAAACUGCAGUGAAAGCUAUUUUCACCAGAACUUGAGUUCCAUGGAUGAUUUUGUUUUUUUUUUUUCUUUUGCAGCGAGUUCUCAUAUCUUUAGUUUCUGCUCUUAAAGGAGGUAAAUCCUGCUUUUGUCUUCUUUUUUUGUAUUGACAAAGAAAACUUAUAAGAAGUCCCAGUGUUGAUGGUUUGGUUAGGGAGUUUAUAAAAGACGUAAGUCAACUAACUGAUGACUAAUCUUUAUUUAAGAGCUCAUUAUUUCAGUUUUGAGCUGACUUUUUUAGUGGAACAUAAACUGUUACACAGUCGGCCUCCAUCAGGUGGCUCGUUGCGCAUCUGUACUUCCCCGCCGUGGGUGGCUAAUGAAGGGUUAAACAAACCGCUCACUUUCCGGUGAUUUCCUCCUUUACGCAAAUGAGCAAAUAAAACAAACGAGAUUCACCGCGUCGCCACGUCACAUAAACUCUGCCUCAUGCGUUUGAAGCGCGAAAUGUGACGAAUAACGGUGAAAAGGAAACAAUCCGGUUCACUCCACAGCCUGUUGAGCUCAGGCGGGUUCAUUCUCCACAUCACCAGCCCUUCUCUUCUGCACUCUAUUAAUAUUAUCAUUUUAAUAACUGGUGAUCUCCAGCAUGGAAAUGCAGCACUCUCUACAUUUACCAUAAACUUUUUUUUUGGAGUUAUGGGAGGAAAAACUCGACUUUUGAUUUCAGCACAAUUGUUAUUUAUUGGAGAUGGGGGAAAAAAAAUCUCCUGAGAAGAUGCUUUGACCCUGAACAAUAAAUCAGAACUCAUUUUUAAAAUUUACGUUUAUUUAAAGCGACCUUUUUAGUGGCUAAUGAGCGUUUUGUAUCUUCGAAAUGUUUUAGAUUUUUUUUUUUUUCUGAAAAAAAAUCCCUGAAGGGACAUUGGACGGAAUGAAAAGUUUUAUUUCUUUUUUCCUCACUGUCUCUUUAGGGAUUCUGUACUUUUAGCCAUUCUUCAAAAAUGGAAGAGACAACAGAACCUAGCGUUGAAGCGAGGCAUAAAAAUACAUACCGGACUAAAUGCUCCCAGUGUGAGAGAUGAAUUUAUUUGAUAAUGCUGCAAAAAACAAAAACAAUUCACUUGAGUCCAAAGAUGUGGAGGAUGCUGUCGCUGGAUGACCACAAACGGCUCACUGAUCGUAGAUGAAUUAUAUAAAAAUAACCAAAUAUAUUGAUGCAAAAACAAGAGAGUGAUUUUAACAGUACGGAUGUGAAGCAAGCUGUCCUGCUUCUGUUGGUUUGUAUGAAACGAAUGAGCUCCCUGAUUGGCCACCUGAAGACCCCACUGUUUUUCUUUUUCUACCUUCUCCAGUAGAAAGUAGAAAUGAAUUGGUUUCUCUUCAAAUAGAACUCUUUAGUUAUGUAGAAAAUUUAUAUUUUUGAAAAGGAAAAAAAAAACUCCCGUUUGCCAUGGUAAAGAUCUUUUGUUUUUGUUUUUUUCCAGAGGGUGAAAACCUUGUUUUUAGAAGACAGUUGUAAAUAGCACAUGAAACUACAUAGGGUUCCUUUUUGUAUUUACAAUAACCAGAAUUAAUGACAACUGCUCUGCAGAACGACUAACUUCUUCUAUCUCUUGAUUCUGUAAGUGGUUUCGUUCAACUGUAAAUGGUUUAUAAAUAUGUGGCUCCUACAGUCUGGCUUAUUGCAUUCAAAUCAUAAGGAUCUGGAUCCCAUCAGUGCAGAGAGGGUGACAGUUUGGUUUUGGGGUUAUUUAUGAUUUUGUGUACAUGUAGAAAUACCAAGAAUUUUGUGCUGUUUAAUAAAUCCUCUCCUGAUUACUGAUGCAGA